AUGGAGAAUAAUUUUUUUAUUUUUCAAACCUUUGAAAACACUUUGGACACUCCAGUUUUUGGUUAUUUACUUCAUGACUAUGAAAUAAGGCUCUCACUUUUACAAGAAAAUCCUAACAUGACCAUCGGUGAAUUAUCAAUAAUCUUACUUCGAAAUUGGAAUGAAAUGAACCAGGAUAAAAAAAUCGAGUAUGAUGAACGCGCAAAAGAGUUAAAUUGGAAGUUACUUAGUGAGAAUGAAAAAGAUUCGUAUAUUUGUCAAGCCAAAGAAUUUUCUAUUAACAUCGAUACAACUGACACUGAUAUUAUAAAUGAUAUUAAUAUAACUGAAGCUAAUAAUCUAACUGGAACAAGUAGAACUGUCGGAUCUUUGUCACCUGAAGGAACUAAAAAUGACAGGGAUGAUUUUAAAAGAACUGAUGAUGGUUUUAAAGGAACCGAUGAUGAUUUUGAACGAAUGUUAAAUCGAAUUAAAAGAAAAAAAAAUGUAGAAAUUCCUGUAAAAGAAAUAAUAAUAGAUGAAGACGAUUUUAAUGGAUUAAAAGAACCAGGUUUUAUGAAGGAAGAGGGUUGUAUUGAAGUUCUUUUUAAUGAACACAGACAUUAUGCCAAAAUGCGAGAAAUAGUCAAACGGGCGAAAAAUCAACUUAAUAAAAUGAGAUUUGGAGUAGCAACUAUCCUUGAUUCAUUAACAUUUGAAUACAAAAGUAGAACAUUAUAUGUAAAAGAUGUUACCAAGAUUACUGAAAGUCCUCCAGAUACAUUAUUGUUAUAUGUAUUCGAUGAAGAGGCAUGUUUAGAAAUAUGUUCAUUUCUAAUUUUAUUAUUUAUUAUUGUUAAAGUCGAGUAUAACAUUAAAAAAUAUGUGGAUAUUGCAAAUAGAAAUAUUGAAGAAGAAAAACGGAAUGGAUUAAGAAAAUUACAACAAGAUCUUCAAAAUGGAAUUCCAGAGGAUCAUAUAGAAGAACAUCGAAAGCAAUUUCUGGCACAGGUUGAAAAUUUUGAAAAAGAUUUAGAUAAAACACUAGAGACAAAACUUUCGGAAUACAAGAGUGCUUCGUAA